AUGGCCCUUUCGGUCAGAAUCAGUGACCUAGACUCAUACCAGGCGACACCAACCCAUCUAGACCAGUUCCAGAGGGCACCGAAGGUUCCGGUGAUCCGUGUUUACGGCACACUAAAGACUCCAACUCUGAAUGCAGCGUACAAUGUAUUAGUUCACGUCCAUGGUUUUUAUCCUUACUUUUAUAUAGAUUGUCCCGAGACUGAUCUACGGCGUGUGGAUCAUGCAUACGAAAGAAGUCUUGGUCAAUAUCUAGAUGGCUGUUUGGCCGAGUCCUUUAAUCGAAUGAAAGAUAAUUUUGAUGACGAAGAGCCGAGCGAAGAUGAUCUGAGUGAAGAAAAUGAACACAAUGAUGUUGUCUCUGAUAUCCCAAAGCAAGACACCACAGAAAAGGUGAAUGGGGAGGAUUCUGAUGUUGAUGACAGGGAGGAUUACACCCAUAAAUCUGUCUCAGAUGCUGCUCCGAUUCAUCCUACAGCCAGCAACAAUGCAUUCCAUAACAUCCGGAGUUCGAGCGUAGCUGCCAACAAAUUCAUUGCUUCAGUGACAGCUUGUAGAGCUUGCCCAGCCUAUGGGUAUAAUAUUGGUUAUUCCCUUAAAUUCAAAAUACUGUUCCUCCUGCCUACCUACAAAACGAGGUUAUUUCGGCUUUUGAAUGAGGGCAAAAUUGACUUUCUGCCCUUCACAAAUCCUGGGGAUCAGCAAAAAAAGAAGAAUUUCACCCCAAAUGUUUAUGAGGCCCACAUAAAUUAUUACACACAAUUCCUAGCAGACUUCAAUUUAUAUGGAUGUGGAUGGCUAGAAACAAACGAAAUCCAUUUCCGGCUGCCCGUCUUAUCUUCUAUCCCCAAAUUCUUCACUUCCUUGAAGCGAGAUUUGAAAGAUCUCGUACGACACAACAAUGUUCUUACUCCUAAACUGUAUCCUAGGAUAGGUCGUUCAAUUUUGGAAAUCGACAUUCUCGCUGGAAAUAUUUUGAACAGAACUCGACUCAAAGAGAGAGAUGUGCACAACAAUUUCACCGAGUUCAACAGCCCUACUCCCCAGGAACAUAUCUAUUUGACGUCCCUAAAAUUGACAUUCUCUGAUUUGAAGUUUCAAUGCGAGUCACGAGGACGACAUGAUACAUCUCAAAUAUUAAACGAACUGUACUCACAAGUAUUUACAAAGUUGGGACAACGGGGGUAUUCAAAUUGGGAGUUUUCUUUGGAACAAAAACAACAACUCGCGUAUGUUUCGAAGUUGAAUCGGCCAAGAGGGAGCGCCGACACGGAUUCAUACUACAAGGAUGUAAUAAGCCCAAAUUUACCUUCGCCUUCAAUUCCGACAGCUUUCGAGCUGGUGGAUAAAAGCCUUCCCCUUGACUACUACGAGAAUGUGCCGAAGCUUAAUUACCGAGAUGACCUUAUCAGAUGGGAUUCAUUGGAGCAACUUCUAGAGUCUUCUCAAGAGCCGAAUUCAACGUUGCAGAGCUCACCCGCACCCUUUGAGAACGAGUCGUUUGAUUUGACUGGAGGACUUUCGAAAGAAACGGUACAGCCAGAAAAGUCCAGCAACUCACUAGAGAGUUUGACCACAACGAGGUUCGAGAAUAUUCCUAGUUCCCCUGUUAGUGCGAUACCUAGCUCACCUGUACAGCAAGAGGAAUCCGUUCUCAGCGAAUCACCUAAUAAAAGCACAUUUAACAAAGAUUUGCAAAUCUACUAUCAAACACAAGGACGACAAUUAGAGCCCUUCAAGGAAUCACUGUUAGACACAAAUUCAACAUUAAGUCAAACUUCCAAUUAUUUAUUGAGAAACUCAAGUCAUGUUUUCGAAUAUUCAAUCCCCCCUCAAUUGAGUAAAAUACGCUUGCCUGACCUUUUCGGCAAUUUGGGGAUUUUGGAGCAUGAUUAUCAUGAUCCGGCGUACUUUUUAAGGUCAGAUGUACAAGAAAAGCCUCUCAUUUUCGCAAACAAAAAGAUUGUUGUACCACUUAAAGAUGGUUUAGAAGCUUCGUCAUUCAAGACCCGAGGCUUCAAAUUAAGACACUCUUUGCGGUCUUCAUCUGGAAAGCCGAACUAUGGAAUCACCCAGUGGAGGUACGCUAAAUUACCUCCAUCACAAACUGAAGUGAAUGAGUGGCUUCAAAAAACUGAUGCACAUCUUAGAUACAAGCGACGGAAAUUUCGUACACAAAUUGAGCCAGCUCUUACACAAACAUUUGAUUUCAAGGACUCCCAUGAGUCAGCAAGAGUUCGUAGAAACCCAAGUGAUUUCCAAAAUCUUACCCUCUUGCAUAUGGAGCUACAUGUCAAUACAUUUUCCGAACUACGUCCAAAUCCUACUGAUGAUGAGAUAUCAAUGGUGCUCCUUCAUUUUAAUGACUCAAAUGAAAUGUAUGGAAAAGGCUUUUCCAUAGAAAAAGUACUCAUAAAUUCGAAACAAAUGUCCUUUGGAUCAGAAAAAUCUUUUCUCAAACUUCUAGGCACUUUCUCAAAAGCUAGUGUCUCGAUGUUUAGUUCCGAAAGAGAUAUGAUUGAAGAGUUUUGCAACUUGAUUGAUACUUAUGAUCCUGAUAUUCUAUCUGGAUAUGAAGUCAAUUCUUCUAGUUGGGGAUAUCUUUGUGAGAGAUUCCAAACAGCAUACAAUAUCAAUAUGAUGGCGCGGCUCAGUAGGGUUAACUAUAAGGGAAAUGGGAAGUUUGGAGAUCGAUGGGGAUAUACCCACACUUCGGUAAUCAAAAUCAAUGGGCGGCAUAUGCUAAAUGUGUGGAGACUUUUGCGCCUGGAACUUGCAUUGACCUCAUACUCUUUAGAAAAUACCUGCUUGCACAUCCUACACCACACUCUUCCUAAGAUGUCAAAUCAAAUUCUAUCACAGUGGCUUACUUCCACUCAAUUUAAUCAAGUUCUUCUUGUCUGCAAAUACUAUCAGCAAAGGAUUGACGUGAUUAUGCGAAUUUUUGAGGUAAAAGAACUCAUUCUUAAGAAUGUGGAGCUGUCCAGGCUUAUUGGAAUUGAUUUCUACUCAAAUUUUUAUCGAGGCUCACAGUUCAAAGUGGAAUCGAUUCUUAUCAGGAUAGCUAAGCCCGAGAACCUCCUUCUCAACUCACCCUCUAAAGCACAUGUACACAACAUGCGCCCCCUAGAGGUUAUUCCUCUUAUUAUGGAGCCAGAUUCAGCAUUCUACAAAUCCCCCCUUGUGGUUUUAGAUUUCCAAUCCUUGUAUCCAUCAAUUAUGAUUGCCUACAACUACUGCUAUUCGACGUUCUUGGGUAAAAUGGAAGGCUUCAAAUCCAACAGGAAUCCCAUCGGAUACAUGAAGCAUCUUCAACUACCAGAAGGAAUUAUUGAUUUGCUAAAUCGCAAUGACGGUUUGAAUAUUUCACCAAAUGGUUUAAUGUUUGUUUCAGCUAAAUUCAGAAAGUCUAUACUUUCAAGAAUGUUGCAGGAGAUUCUCAACAUGAGGAUCAACGUGAAAGCUGUCGCUUCUGCAUUUUCAGACGAAAAAGAGCUACAAAAACUUUAUAAUUCAAAGCAACUCGCUCUCAAACUUAUUGCAAAUGUUACCUACGGAUACACGUCAGCUUCAUUCAGUGGCCGUAUGCCCAGCUCAGAUAUAGCUGAUGCUAUUGUGGCAACAGGUCGUGAAAUAAUGAGGAAGGCCAUAGAUGUUAUAGAGGAAAGUGGGCACAACGCUAAAGUUGUAUACGGAGAUACAGAUUCUCUAUUUGUGUAUUUUCCCGGCAAGUCAAAAGAGAGUGCUUUCCGGAUAGGUCGGGAACUUGCAAAGAAUGUCACAGACAUAUUUCCAGACCCGAUCAAGCUCAAAUUUGAGAAAGUUUAUCAUCCUUGUGUGCUUCUCGCAAAAAAGCGCUACGUUGGAAACUGCUUCGAAUCCGAAACUCAGAAAAUAGCUAAAUUUGAAGCCAAAGGCAUUGAGACUAUAAGGAGAGAUGGAGUCCCGGCUCAACUGAAAAUGGUAGGAAAGACUCUCCGAAUCUUAUUCGAAACAAAAAACCUCUCUCUAGUGAAACGAUACGUUCUAGAACAAUUCCAGAAAAUCUUACAGAACCAGGUCAAUGUGAGUGAUUUUUGUUUUGCAAAAGAAGUGAGACAUGGCACAUAUAAAAAUGAGAAAUAUCUUCCUCCUGGCGCGGUCAUCUCAAAGCGUCUCAUUAAAAAAGAUCCACGCCGUGAGCCUCAAUAUAGAGAGCGUGUCCCGUACGUUGUGAUUCGGGAUCCUUCAAAAGAGCGAGUGAAAGACCGGUCUAUGACACCAGAAGAAUACGUCAACUCGUUCAAAGAGCUUGUUCCCAUGGAAUUGGAUCACGAAUACUAUAUCACACGAGUCUUAAUACCUCCCCUAGAGCGCAUUUUCAAUCUCAUGGGUGUCAAUAUAAAAGAAUGGUACAGAGAUAUGCCACGAAUUGCUAAAGGCCUUUUACAGAAAAAAAAUGAUGCUUUUUCGGUAAAUGAUAAUUUUUCUCGCCGUGAAUGUUUCAGUUGUGGGCAACUGUUGACAUCAGGUCAAAUGUGGGUGUGCUUUAGAUGCUCAGAUACCAAAGCUACAAUUGCAUCUGACGUGGCUUGGAAAGACAAGUCAAUUGAGCUGCAUUCUCGAAAGCUCGUCAAUAUUUGUGGGAGUUGCUGCUUUCAGAAUUAUUCGUCGGCCACAGUUUAUGAUCAUUGCCACAACAUUGAUUGUAGAUUCUACUACAGUCGCUUGAAGGCGGAAAAGGAACUAUGUCAAAGUACAACGAAACUACAGAUCCUUGACGAAUUAAAUGAUACAGCUCAUUCCCACCCAUGA